AUGAGAGGCUGGGCGCUCAUGCAGACAGGCCUGAAAGCAGGGAUCGUUGAACGGGACAAUGUCCUUGUCCCCAUCAAGGACAUCACCUGGGUUGGGAAAAAUGUGUUUGCUGUGUGCGUGCCAGCUUACGGGCGAACAAUCGGCUGCGAGCUGACAGCCGUGGAUGUGCCACGCGGCACCGCACCGACCCUUGAGGAAAACGUGGUGGGGGCUCUAAAAGAAGUCCGCCGUGCACCGCACAAGUAUCUGCGGCAAGACCACUAUGCCUCGUUUCCACUCCAAGGCUACGGAGACAUUAUAUUUGGCACGGGUGACGACGCAACGAAGUGGUUUUCGUUGCAGGAGUUUUUGCUGCGGCGCGGGGUUGGCCGCAUUGUGCGUCCCAUAUUCACACGACUGGAUGAACUUAUCCAGGCGGAGUUGGAGGGCUUAGGGGAUACAAGUCAACCCCCAGACGGUCGUGAGCCGCCGUGCGUGUGGGCAUGCCGUCUUUUCCAGUUUGAAAAAAGUCCAUUGUUCCGCAAGGAAUUGACUGGACAAAUCAUAGAUGUUCUGCGGGGUGAUGUGUAUGUGGUUCGCUGGGACAAGGAGCAGGUUGUGAGCGGCAACUGCCCAAGCAAAGAUAACGGCAGUAAAGGUAAUAAUAACGCCCACCACGAAGAGUGGCCACCGCAGCUAGUGCUUCUUGACGCUGUAAAGUGUCUUUCGUCGCGAACGGCGAAUGGCUUCAAGGCGCUGCGGUGGGCACAAAAGCACCUUCUCUACUCCCGCGUCAAAGUCUGCAUUCACUCCACCUGGCCGUCGGAGAAGGACGUGUCAAAUAACACGCAACUCUUCUCUCAUGAGCAGUUGCGAUGUGUGCGGUCGACCGUAUACUUCCGACCACGGGGCUCUGAACCGUGGAAGACGGCCACGGCGGGUGCUAGUAAUGUAGGUUGCACCCUGGUUUCAAAGGGGCUCGGAUUCGUUCGACAGGUUGUGGAUGCUGCGAUGCCGCGUUCGGAGGAUUUUCAUGAACUUCUUUUAGCUGCCAGGGACCGGUGCCGUGCGAUGGCAGAUGCUGCACCGAAAGAUGCAAAGCUGUUCCCGCCUCAGAGCUUGUCCAUCUCCGAAGGUGGAGCCCCGUACUCUGCAGAUUUUACCGCUGCUACGUGGUGCAUCGCUUCUCCGUCGCUGGCGACACUGUGGCAGUCCACAAUGUGGGAUGGCGAUGUCCACCGCAGUGCGCACGAUUACCCCCAACGCAUCCACUCUCUGCGACCACUGCGAAGCCUCUGUGAGAUGGAGACACUGAUACGUGAAAAUGAGAGCUUUGAGGGCUUUAUCAAUUCCGUGGCGCUGGUGCGGGAGUCUCUUGAUGCGGCCUCAGAGAAACAGCAGCGCCAGCGUCGUCAGUUUCUCCGUGUUGAAAUUAACGCUAUUUUUAGUCUCACGAGGAUUCGAGAUCUUCUUGCCAGAGUUGAGGCGAACACCCUUGGCUCUGUUCGCUGGCAUCCCACCGAAGAGAGCAUCUUGGGCAGCGCCGCCAAGGUGACCGUGGUGUACGAUAGGUGGCUGAGCACCAUUCCCCUUACAGAGGUCGUUUUUCUCUAUGCCGCCGUCACCAGGUACGUGCCGCAGGAGUACGACCCUGCAAAACACUGCCCAAAGAGCUUUCAGCAUGAGGCGACAAUAAAGAAGGAAGAAGCGCUGGGGAGGAUGGUGGUGAACUUGAAACUUGCAGAUGAGGAGGCUGAAAGAAUUUUUGUCAUUGAUGUUAGGGUGGAAUUUAGAAACCGUGUCGAGCAACUGAAUCAUCGGCGUGUGUAUUUCCUCAGCAGGGCGGAACAAGGCCCUAGCAACUCAGGCACGUUGUUGUAUGAUGAUGAUGAUGAUGAUGCCUAUGUCGCUGUUGACCUUGAUAUUGUGGACAAUAGGGACAACUCCUCCGUGAGUGAUAGCGGCAGUGAAGAGAAAGCUGAUGGACCAACGACGGACAAUCGGGGCGCGGAAGAGGCAAAGCAAGCAAGCGAUGACAAUAAUGCAGAGAGAACAGAGGAAACGAUGGAGUCGUCGGAGACGUUUUUUCAUUCCAGCGUUGAUUUUUACUUUGAAGUCGGCAUUGACGCGGCACAUAAGGCGGAGGAGUCCACUCAGAGCCUGCGUGACUGGGGUAAAAGUCUCAUGUACCGUGAUGUGCGUUGUGUGCCAAUGGGCAUUGGGACCGUGAAUGGGGCUCGUGGGUUUCUGGGAGAUGUGCUGUUGAUCGAGACGCCGGAAGGGGAGGAGGACGAGCACCCCGCUGCGGAGGACAGGAGCCUUCUUUUUACGUUGAAAAAUGACUUGUGGCUGCCGGCCCCCCCAUCACGGGAAACGAAAGGUGAUGCGUGGGUGGACACGACCCGGAUGCUUGAACAAUACCAUCGCAGACGUCGCGACGAUUUGCUCAAGCAGUGGUUUGAGUCGCGGAAACUUCUUGUUAACGAGUGGUAUGAGUCGCUUUGUCGCAUGCGUGCCGAGUUCUGUGAGGCAGGGAACUGUGUAGGCGUGGAAAGGGACAUUGCUUCGGGUUUAUUGAUGUGCAUGGAGGCGGAAGAAUUAUUUUUUGCUUGCCACAAACCAGGUGGUGAUAGUGGUGCCGUAAUUUACGCCGAGGCGGGGAGAAUGGAAUGCUGGUACGACGCGGACACGAGCCUUACCACUGGGGAGAGGAGGACGACUGCUGUGGACGCCAAUCUGCGGGCAGUUGCGUUUCAAGGACGCGGUGCAUCUUUUGGCGUCAUCGCACCAACCUUUCUGCCGCCCAAGCUUCCCUUGUGUGCGUUUUCGCUAUUUCCGCGUCAACUUUUCGCCGCGCACUACAAGAAGCAUCGCGCGCUGGUGACGAAGAACAGCGCGGAGUCCGUGAGUGAGUCCGGGGAGCUUCACGUGGAUGCCGCCUUUAUUCGGCUGCCUCAUCGCUUUUUGCCCAAUUUGUUCGCCUCAAACUUAGACCGUCUGCCGGCGUCUCUGCGGAAUGUGGAGCGGGCCCUCUGUGAGUCGUUGCAGCAGGGUGCCGUGCUGCGUCAGGCUAACGCGCCUGAGGUCGUAUAUUACGCGGCAGAAAAGGCCUUUGUUUCUAUUUUAUCUAUGCUGCUGCUGCUUCAGCCGCGACGCGAGAGUGUGGAAGAGAAGUCCAGUGCAGAAGCCCACUCCCACGCGACCGUCUACAAGUUGCUGAAGGAGGAGCAUGGUGCCCUAUACGAUGUGAAGACGUCGAGGAUUGCUUCUUCUGCAGUGCUUUACAGGGUGCGUCCCAACCUCAGCGCGAAUGGGUAUGGGCAUGGACAGCGGCCGCAGCAGCAGCAGCAGCAGCAGCAACAACAACAACAACAGCAGCAGCAGCCGCCUGUACUGUUUAUUGGGUCGGUCGACUCAGAGACGAGUGACAAGUUCGAGGCCCCCGGUUCCUUUAAUAUGCUGGAUAUAAAGGCCUUGUCUCGUGCACUGCAAGUUCUGGGGUUUGAAUCACUUGCUGCGCCCCCUCCGGCUUCAUCGUCCGACGCGUUGGCGAGGAGCGACAAUGAUGACAUCGUCUUGCUGACCGAGUUGAGUGCUGCGGAGUGCCAUCCUAUGGCCUCCCGUGGGAUCGGACCUUAUCCGUUAACAAACAGCGUCCCGAGGCUGUAUCAUCCAUUCCCGUGGCUCGCGCUUCUAGGUCGGCCCCUGCUUGCUCGAGACGAAUAUGACGCGGAAUUUUUGGGCAAUUGCGAAGAGGCUGGAGACAGAGGUAAACUCGUUCGGCGGCAAAUUGCGGUCUCCUACACAGCCGUUUGCUUGAGUGAAAAGAAACCGUAUCGUUCAUUCUCCUAUGGUCGAAUAAGUCGGUCGCUGAUCUAUGGGAUUGUGAAUAGACGCAUAGAGAAGGGUUCUGAUAUCAGGAACUAUUUGUCCCUUCUGCUCCUUCGUCCGGCAUGCACUACGGCCGAGGGUGCCUCUCCGUUUGCGGAUGGAAUCUUGAGUGUGUACGGAACAGCGAAUGAGCCUUUGUACUUAUUCUAUCUCUCCCGUCGACAACUUCGGUUUCGACUAGGCACGCUUUGGCCUUCGCUAGUGGAAGGAAUGGAAGAUACGACGGUUCCGACGAGCGCUGAGCUAAAGACGGAGGAUAACUUUAUACGAAAGUUGUCCGAGGCCGGGAAACAGCUUAUUGACUUGGUGGCUCAGCAGACGGCUGAGCCAUCGAGUUGCAAGAGUGGGGACGGGAAACCUCCCGCACGUGUGUACCUUAGAAUGAGUCUCGAACUUGACACUUUCGACGACGCAAGUAAGUGCAUGCGGGUCGCUGUGUUCCCCAUCAAGAAUGAAAAGAAAGCCGGGGAAGAGGACGCGGCAGUUGGCAUGCACGCCAAUCCCCAUCAGCAGAUUGACUUUACUGCUAAUGUGUGGUCUCGGUUCCCGCAACAUGUGCUUCUUGUGAGGUACCGCCCCGAGCGUGGCGAGUAUGCCUUUGCGUGGUCGGAUUUCGAGAAGCCGUCCGAAGUGGACGCUGAGACGCUCCCCACGAAACACUAA